AUGGCGCCUCCAAUCCUUCCUUUCAGGGAUGUCAAUUUACAUGCAUCCCCUUCCCACUAUGCCUUUACUUCGCCCUCGUCGCCCCAGGCACCAACCCUUGUGGUAGACAGGCCAACUGGGGAUCUCCGUCUCAAUGACGGACCGCUCGCUGGUGCGAAGCGUAUCUCUAGCAUUGCUGGAAUCCUUGGUAUUCUCAAGUUGAAGCUAGACAAAUACCUCAUUGUCAUCACCAAAGCGCAACCCAUGGGACGACUCCGUGGCCACAUGGUGUACAAAGUUGCUGCAACUGAAUUCCUGCCGAUGCGUGAUCGCCCACUCCAUGAUACCGACGAAGAUACCUACCUUGCGCUGGUCAAGAACCUGCUCCGCACCGGCCCCAUGUACUUCUCCUACUCCCUUGAUCUCACAAACAGCUUCCAGCGCCAGUCGCAGAGCCCCGCCGAUCUUCCAAUGUGGAAAUGCGCUGAUGAUCGUUUUUUCUGGAACCGCUUCAUCCAGUCCGAUUUGAUCGACUUCAGCCUAGGGGAAAGUGACACUGGCGGCAUCCGGUAUGGCCCACAACCUGGUGUUGAUCCCUAUAUCCUUCCUGUCAUGUUCGGCAUGCUUCGCAUCACCCCUGCUCGAGUUAAGUCUACGUCCUUCACAUUCGCACUCAUUACCCGUCGAUCCAGACACCGUGCGGGAACACGAUACUUCUCUCGGGGAAUUGAUGAGGAAGGUCAUGUGGCGAACUAUAAUGAAACAGAGCAAAUUGCGAUUCUCAACGAUGCAACUGGUGGAAUGUCAGGCUUCGCUGGGGGGCAGUCCAUGUCCAGUGGCAAGAAGGGCCAGGAUCUCCAGGUGUACUCCUUCGUACAGACUCGUGGUAGUGUCCCCGUGUUCUGGGCUGAGGUCAACAACCUCAAGUACACACCAAAAUUGCAAGUUCGGGGAGUAGAUACCGCUGUUGAAGCUGCACGCAAGCACUUUGCGGAGCAGAUUCAUCUUUACGGAGAUAAUUAUCUUGUCAACCUUGUCAACCAGAAAGGCCGCGAGGAGCAAGUUAAGAAUGCAUAUGAGCAAAUGGUUCGCACUCUGAUCUCAUCAGCUCAAGAAAGCACCGUGGCUGAUGAGAAGACGCCCGAAAAGAUUCACACUUUAGAACCGGGCCUGAAGCGCAAAGAUAUGGAUCGGCUACACUACGUGUAUUUUGAUUUCCACAACGAGACUAAGGGUCUUAAAUGGCACCGCGCUGAACUCCUCAUGGGCCGCCUGCAAGAGGGCUUGGCGCAAGGCGGUUACUUCCGUGGCGUGGAAGCUCCCGGUGCUUCAGGUGGACAGCUGGAUAUUCGGUCAACACAAGGAAGCGUUGUACGCACCAAUUGUAUGGAUUGUCUUGACCGAACCAAUGUUGUACAGAGUAUGCUCGGACGCUGGGCUCUCAACCGACAAUUGACGGAUGCUGGCAUCCUUCGCACUGGGGAGAAUGCCAACGAUGACGAAGAAUUCGCGGACUUGUUCCGGAAUAUCUGGGCCGAUAAUGCUGAUGUUGUUUCCAAGUCCUACUCGGGCACUGGUGCUUUGAAGACCGAUUUCACUCGCACAGGCAAGCGUACCAAAGCUGGCGCAGUCCAAGAUCUAAGAAACUCAAUCACACGAUAUGUGCGCAACAACUUCAUGGAUGGUCCCCGCCAGGAUGGAUUCGAUGUUUUCUUGGGAACCUAUCUCCCGUCGGACUCAAUGGCAGUGAACAUCCAGCUGUUCUUUGACCGACGGCCGCUUGUGAUCCAAGCUAUACCCUACGUAUUCGCGGCAAGUCUGUUCAUGGUCCUGGUCGCAACCUUUACACGUCGGUUGCCGGAUGCUGCAGUAUGGCCACUUCGCCUUUUCACGAUUUUCUGGCUGAUUAUCGGCGCCUAUUCCUUCUACUUCAUACAUGGACAUGGCAUGCUUUACGUCAACUGGCCGAAGCUCAACACACCCAUUGCCGGCGCUGAAGGAUAUCAGGAUGCUAUGAUCAAAGCCCGAUCUGACCCGAUCAUUGGCCAGUGGCUUCCUUCAAGACGACACCAACGUGGCGUCAGCAAUGCUCGCCUUGUCUUCCUCGAGGAAGGAAAGACUCGCAUUGAAUAA